AUGACCGGCAAAAAGGAACUGGUUUCAGAGAAUUUUAGCAAGUCCAAAAGUACUCCGAUUUCUCAGAGCUUGUUAAGUAAUGAGCGGUCGAAAAGUAUUCCCGCUUCCGGGAAUUCGUCGAGGUGCACGGGUUUUGGAAUUCAGGAGAUUCUCGGACUGAAUAAAGAUCCGCCUGCGUCGACGGGGGUAGUCUCAGAUUCUCUGCCGGCCACUGCGCAGCUCGUCUCGGCCAGGACGGUGCUGACGCCCGCUGGAAUGGGGCUGGUCGGAGCGGCCGGACUCCCGGCUUUUUACGGGCAAUCGGCCUUCCUGGAUGUCUUGUCGGAGCACCCGGGGGUCCACGCUGCUCUCCCCGGCCACCUGCAACCCUUGCACCGCGGAGCAAUCCACCUGGACCCCAGUCAGGAGCUCAGCUCAGAUUCCGAAGACAUUUCAUCCAGCGACCGGAAAAUUUCCAAAUCCAAUCUGAGCCAAACGAAGAAACGAAAGAAAAGGCGCCACAGGACUAUUUUCACCUCUUACCAGUUGGAGGAAUUGGAAAAGGCAUUUAACGAAGCUCACUAUCCAGAUGUGUACGCACGGGAAAUGCUGGCCAUGAAAACAGAACUUCCAGAGGACAGGAUUCAGGUGUGGUUCCAGAACCGCAGGGCCAAGUGGAGGAAACGUGAGAAGUGCUGGGGUCGCAGCAGUGUCAUGGCCGAAUACGGGCUGUAUGGAGCAAUGGUGCGGCACUCCAUCCCGCUGCCGGAAUCCAUCCUGAAAUCCGCCAAGGACGGGAUCAUGGAAUCCUGCGCCCCCUGGCUUCUCGGAAUGCACAAAAAGUCCCUCGAGGCAUCUGAAGUGGUGAGGAAAGUGGAGGCCGAACACAGCAGUCAGCCCAGCCAAGAAGACGAGCAGCGGGAAGACAAGGGCAAGGAUUCCAAGGGGACCAUUUCUAAGGAGGAACUGAGGGAGAGCAGCAUAGCCACCCUUAGGGCAAAAGCACAGGAGCACAGUGCUAAAGUGUUGGGGACAGUGUCUGGUGACGGACAGGGCAAAGUGGCCCAGGAGGAAAGGCCUGAAGAGCUGAAGAGUGAGCAGUCAAAAGCAACGCAAGACGAGAUGUCAACUGAAAAGUUCUAAACUUUAUAUACAAACUAUUAGCUCUUUAUAUCUCCGCAGUCCUUUCUGAUGCAGUGUUCCCCAAGACUGUUUGAUGGUGACAAAAGCUGCACAAGAUCGAUUUUCGCUUAACAUGCA